AUGGACGAAGUGGAGCAGCAGCGGGAGGAGGAGGCUGGGGAAGGUAUGGACGCGCUGGAGACUGAGGAUGAAGAUGAUGAUGAAUUUGUGGCGGAUGAACGGGAGGUUGUAGAGGAGGAGCUGGACCAGGUGGCACAGGAGGAACAGGACGCCAUGCGGGAACUGGAGGAGGUGAGAGAGCAGGAGAGGCAGAACCCGGAGGCCGCUGACCAGCUGAAGGAGACUGAGGGGGAACUGGAGAAGGAAGUAGAAGAGCUGGAGGAGGUGCAGCGAGAACUCGAGAAUGAGCUUGAGGAAAUGGAGGAGAGACGUGGGGCAAGAGGCGAGGGCGAUGAUGAAGGCGAGGAGGAGCAGUGCCCGAUGGAGAUCCUGCGGCCGUGCGUGGCUCAGUUCGUGACGUCAGUAGGCGGCGGUACCCGCUGGUGCGACGCGCUGGACGCUCACCUGGUCUGUCUUCAGGACGCCGUGAGAGACUGCACCAUCACUCCAAACAUCGAGGCGUACCACGUGGGCUUCAUGGGCAUGACGACGGCGUACGUCCAGUCCGACCUGUGCCCCGCCAGCACCUUCGACAACGUGGAGGACGAUCCCAUCUUUGACCAGAUCAUGGAUGAAGAUGAGGAAGAAGCAGAAGAAGAAGAGGAUGGGGAAGAUUUAGAGGAAAGCUACCAGGGAGAGGGUUUUCCCGAAGACGAUGAUGAUUACGUCAUCUCGGAGGAAGAGGAGAGGAGAGAGGAGGAUAUGUUAGAAGAGGACUACCCGCAAGGUGGCGCUUUUACAGAAGACUGGCUGUGGAAUGACCAGUAUACCACCCCGGUACCGACUCCGACCGUGCCGGAUUACUACGACUUGCCAGACUACGACCAGGAAGGUGACUACGACGUAGGCGACAUGUUUGAGGAGGAGAUGGAAGAAGCAGUGGAGGAGGAGGAGAUUGUGGAGGAGGAGGCGGUUCUGGAGGAUGAGGAGGUGUUUGAGGAGGAGAUGGCCAUGGAGGAAGCGGAGGAGGAGGAGAUUGUUGAGGAGGCAGGAGAAGACCUCCAGGAGGCUGAGCAGGAACUUGAAGAGGCGCUGGAGAACAGGGCAGAAGAAUCGCAAAGGAAUCGCGAGGAGAUGGAGAGGAACAUCGGGAGACGCGUCCAGGACAGCCGGGCCCGGGCAGGGGGUCAGCGGGCUACCGUGGCGAGCGGGGCCGUCGUCCUCACCCUGAUCAUGGCUUUGGCUCUGUGGCUGCUGUAGAAAGUACCUUGGAAUGAGCAAUCAUCAAAUCAUGCUGUACCCAAGAACACCCCUCCUUUACCCCGAACGUGCAUUCACCGAGCUUGCAAUGUCUUCAAGCAG